CUUUUCAACAAUGCUAAUGUUUGACUAGAAAGGAGGAGGUCCGAAAAAGCCUUCGUAGUCUUUGGAUUGAGUAAUUCACAGGGAUUCCAUGACACUUUGAGAACUGAACCGAAUCUAUAUUGUCUGAUUUGGUGCUCUGAGCACAGCUUUAAAGGAGCCAUGGAGGUGCUUGUGCUUCUAGACUUUGAGGCGACGAUGCCAGAUGAGUUAACAGUGUGUGUAGGGGAUGUGGUAAAGAACGUCUCAAAGGCCAAAGAAGAAGGAUGGCUGGAGGGAGAUCUGAGAGGAAAAAGAGGCAUAUUCCCUGGCAACUUCGCCAAGGAAGUGCCGGUUUACUUAAUAGGGGACAGCAACAGAGAGCCAAGAAGCAUGAGGACAUCGAAGAAACCAAAGGUACAGACGAGGAAAUGCGAGGUGGCUUUUCCCUACGCUGCCGUGCAUGAGGACGAGCUGGAGCUGGUUGUCGGGGAGACCAUCGAGAUUGUCAGAGAAAUUGAAGAUGGGUGGUGGAUGGGGAAAAAAAAUAACCAAAUAGGAGCCUUCCCAUCAAAUUUUGUAAAGGAAAUUUUUGUCCCUUCAAAAGAUGGCAAGAUAACUGAAGCCAAAGCCAGGCCUAAACUCUCUGAAGCUGUCUUCAAUAAAGAGGGAAAAGUACAACAGAGAACAAGUUUACGAAGAAAAACAUCAGGUGUAAAAGAAUGUUGUCGGGUGAUGUUCGACUACACGGCUGUUUCCGAAGACGAGUUGAACCUGAAGAAGGGAGACGUCAUAACAGUUAUCAACAAGUCCACUGAGGACGAUGGCUGGUGGGAGGGGGAACUGAACGGACACAGGGGCAUUUUUCCUGAUAACUUCGUCAUGGUGAUCCCAGCGGAUGCUCUUCAUACUGGGAAUGCAGGCCAGACACCGGUGAGAAGUGGCUCUCAGAACCGUGCAGGGAAUCCGAUGCCAGUGAUGGACCAGAACAGCUCUGAUACAAAUCCAAAGACGGAGACUAAAAGUGAGAAACCAGACACUAAAGACUUUCGAAGUGACCCGCCUGGUAAAAUCAAGUUGCCUGGUCUACACAAACCACUUGUUCCACCACCACCCGUCAAAGAGAAGCCCAUAAAACUACCACCAAAAAAUGUUGAAGAGCCACAACUUGUCUCACCGAAACAACAGCCCCCUGCCUCACCAGUACAGAAAGAGGUUAAAGACAAUAAGGACGUUAAAGAUAAGACCCCUGACCAGUUUGACGGUGUAGACGUGUCCUCAGAGAAACUGAGCCAUCCCACGGCCAACAGAGCCAAACCUCCACAGAGAAGACCUCCAACAGCCCUCGCCACUGCCAUACAAGUUCCAGAUGAAACUGACCACAAUGAAACUUCAGAAGAGAAAGAUGGCUUACCACAAAAUAUUCCAGAGGUUACAGAACCUCAGUCAGCUCCUCCUGCCAAGACAGAACAGGUAACUAAGAGCACUUCACCACCCAAGACACAGACUGAAAGCAAAGCUGUGGUUCAGGAGGGGACGGCAUCACUGGCCUCUGUGCUGACAGAACUCAAAGAUCUCCGCAUGUCACUGGAUCUCCUCAAAGCACAGCAUGAGAGAGACAUAAAAGAACUUAAAGAUGAACUGAAGGUCGAAACGGAAAAACGGAUGAGAUUACAGGAUGAAGUGGAGGCUCUGAGGAAAAAAUAGUGUCCAUUGAACACCAGGAGUAUUUCACAGUCCUCAUGCUUCUCUGGGACAUGGACAUAAAGACUACAGAAAGACAAUGAUGGAGUGUUGAGGGAAUGUAAAAGUUUGCAGACAGAUAUGGAAAUCCAGCACUUGCGACUUGUUGAAUAGUUCCUGGUUCAGUGGACCAGAAGGCUCAGAAAGCAGAUCUACAAAAAGACGUUUCGUUGUUCAUAUUCUACUCUUCAGCUCAUAUGGUUGUUUGAGUCCUCUCCACUCGAUUCUUAAAACAUAUAUAUGUGCAUUUUGAAAUGUGUAAAUAUCAAAUAUUAAAUAUCUAAAUUCAGGGUUAAACUAGGUCAUAUUUUAAGGUGUUAACACACUUUCUAUUAAUAAUAUAUUUCUGUUUUGUGGUAUUCUGUAGAAAAUAAAGUUUUUGUUCCAAACCUGAUUUACCCAGAGACUUUAAUGAUAAACAUGAGUUUGUUUUUUAAAUGCAACUACACAAGUUUUAUCUGUGUUAAGACUGUGAAACAAGAUGGCUUUAUUUUGUGAGUGAAAGAUAUCAAUGACAUACAAAUAUAGAACUGGUAUCUAAAUGCAAGCAACAAGUAAUCGAAUAUUUAUUGAUUUAUUUUAUUUAUUUUUUAUUUUUUUCCCCAUAACCCCAGUGGCCUGAUUGAAAUGAAAUCUUUUAAAAUGAGUUCCUUUGUGAAUGGCAUGCUUUGUCACUAACAGAAUCUGAAAGUCCAUUUUCCCUUUGUGGAGAUAUGGCAUGAGACUGAGAUGGAUUUAGUGUCCAUUCAGACGGAAAACCGCAUCUGGAAACCAUGUGGAAUACAUUAGAUCUUCAUAGUCAGACUAAUCAUUGGAAAUGGACUAUUUUGUAAUGACAUACAGACUAAUUCCAAAUAAUAGAAAUACUGUAUGUUUGUAGGUUCAAUUGCAGCAAUUGACAUAUUACCAUCAAUCAAGAGAUACUCACAUUCUUUCCUUUUUUGGGCUUUUCCUUAAUGUCUUGUGGGUUCUAUACAAAUUAGGUAUCAUAUUAGCAGUUCACAAGUUUAAAUAUCUUCAUAAAAUUUUUAUAUCAGUAUGUACUUCAUAAAUGUAAACAAUGACAGAAGUCGUUUUAUUAGAAAAAUUCUAGCAUCUGGUUCUGAGUUAUCGUUACACUUUGGUUUAAUUGUUUGGGUUUCAUUUUUGAUGAUUGUAAAGCUCAAUAUUUAAAUCAAAAUAAACUGGAACUGGAAAUUAAACAAUAAUACAAUUACAUCCACUUGGUGAGCAAAUAUGUAACUUGAACGUGAAAGACAAGAUGCCCAUAAAAAUGUUAAUUUUGGUCUAUUUAGCACUAUGUUGCACAUUUUUUAUGACAUAAAAACGCUAAUCGUACACUGUAAAAUUAUUUUCAUGAUUUGUUAUCACGAAAUUUUUUCUUUUGUCAAAUCAACAUAGAUAAUUAAUGUGGUUCAGAUAACAUAUUUUAAGUUUCUGUUGAUUAAAUCAAUCAACUUCAUUGUAUUGACUCAAAUUUUAAGGCAACCAGGUAACUUUUUUAAGUUAAACCAACAAUUAUUUUUUACAGUGUAUAGAAGACUGAUGGUAAUGCCAAAACAACCCUAAAAUAUAUUGUAAAAUGCAUAUGAAGGUCUGAAUUUUUAGGUGCAUAAUUAUGCCAUUUGAUAUUUGUUACCCAUAUAUACUUAUCUGGCCUAUAUGAGAGUUUUAUGGUAGAUGACUGAUUGGAAAAUUAACCCUUGAUUGUUGCUGAUUGCUAUAACCCUGUUACUUGAGAUCCUGAGAGCAUGACACGUUGAGCAAGAUGUUUUUGGCUAUAUUUAGGAAUGUACAAAGUUGACUUUAGCGAUUGUUUUAAUUUAUUGAUAUUGGUCAGUAUUGUAUGUUUUAUUUGUUUAUGCUCAUUUCCCUAUCCUUUUUUUGUUUAACUUUUACGUUUUACCAACAUCCAAUAACGCUCCUCAUUAAACUUAAAAACAUUCAAGGUACACCAUGUAACUUUUGGCCCUCUUGUGAUUAAAAAACAAAAUUGUG